AUGGGCACUCCGGUUGUCACCCUUGUCGACCUUGCAGAUUGCAACAUGGCCAAAAUAGGAAAAGGUGUGCAGCUGGGUCUGUCCUGGGUGAAGACAAAAGCUGGCGACCUCCCGGACGGUGCCAUUGAGACACAGCCCGGCGUCUACGUAUGUCGUGCCUUACACGAGGGUGAACAAAUUCCCGGCAAGUACGUUCCACGACUUUCCCUCGCCUACAUCUCUUACGGUGGCGCGGAACUCCGAGAGACGGAAUGUGAAGUUCUUUGCGACACUCGUUGCCCUGGACAAGCUUGCUGGUAA